UGUAGAACGUGAAAUGUUUAUUUCAAGGAAAAGAUCAAAUAUAUUGUUUGCUAUUUUAUUUUUAAAUAAACUUUUUUUUUUUCAUAUAUUUAAUGCCGGAACUUUGAAUUUCUCAAGGCGUCGUCUUACAAUUCAAGUCUAACUGCUUGGGUUUUUUUUCACGUUCAACUGAGAAUAUGAAACUUUUGUUUCUUGUUCUCUUCUCAAGGAGCUAAAACAUUGAAACAAGAGAACAAAGAAAGAAGCCAAAAGUAUAAAAAAAUAAGUACACAAAAAGAACAAAAAGAGGUAAAUAAAUAAAAAAUUUUGAGUCAUGGGAGUGGGUACGUCAGUUCAACAAAGUGUUACUCUGGAAUGGCUCAUGUCUGAAUCACAUCGAGUAAUUCGACAAUUAUCAUCAUUAAUAUCCGUCACCCGUGAAAUAGUUAUCACUGAAUUGGAUAAUUUGGAUAAUCGUGCACAAACAGAAAUUGUAAGAGCAAUAGCGUACACAAGAGAUUACCUCGUGGAAUUAGCAAAUAUGGAUGAAAUUGCGAAAAUGUGCGUCGAUAAAAAAACACCAGAACUAGAUAAUAUGCAGCGAACAAUGAAAGAAACACUUGUAACGUGUUACAAAAAAUAUACCGUCGAACUAGAUAAAAUAUGUGAGGAGAGAUUAAAAUUGCACAAUGAAGCGUUACAAUUAAAAGAUCAAGCUGACAAAGUUUUUGCAGAUUGUAUGCGCAGUGAAAAUCGUUUGGCUUGUUUAAAUAAAAGUCUCUCUAGUUUAACAACGAAUGUUAAUGCACUUGCCAAAAAAAUUGACAGCAAUUUCAGUCUCGAGUAUAAAGUUAAAAAGCGCAUUAUCAUGAAAUUUUUGGAGUGCGACAAAAAAAUUUUACAGAAAGUAUUCAAAGCAGGCUGCUCUAUUAUUGGGGAUGUUAAGAAAUGUAUUGAGCAUAAUGAUAUACCGGAAGUUAAUUGAGGAUGAUAAGUAAAAAUAAUAUUAACACUGGAAUAUUAUUUUAAAAGAAUGCCAAGUUUGUAGUGUUAAAAUGUACCUGAAGAUCGUAACGUUUUUUGCCCUACGAAAGAAAAUUUGGAAAGUAAAAUCUAUUGGAUGACUAGAUUUCUAAAAUAUUUCGCACGUAGAUGCUAAUAUGUCAGCCGAAAAUCUUAAGCCAACCCUUACCUCCGAAAUUACGCCUUCAGCAGUCAAAUUUCAUCAACUUUUUUCAUGUUCGUUGCUCGAAAAACGUUUCGAUCUUCAG